UUAUCUUUUCUCUGUCUCCUCGCUUCUCCAAACUCUCUCUAUUCCUAUUUUUGAUUUUGAGAGUUUCACUCGAAUCUAAUUCCCAAACCAAAGCAACCCUUUUAAUCUUCCUCUCUCACCUUUUAUAAAAAUUAACCCUUUUUCCCUCUCUCACUACUUUCCCACCCAGUUUCAUUAUAUUCCCUUAUUAUUAUUAUUCUUCUUCUAUAAUACACAUCUCAAAGGUUUUUUUUUUGCUUUCUAUUAAGUCAAUCUUAAGAUGGGGUUUUCAGAGCAAGCACUGCAACAAGCUGAAGCAGAAGAUAAAAGCUGGGUUAUUGCUGGAAUUCCAUUACGGGCUCCAUUGAAGCCCAUAUAUACGAAACCAGUGGAGAAUGAAUGGGAGGAAAGUGAGGAGUGUUUGAAGACUCCAACUGGGGAAGAAUCAAGAAUUCCAAAGCCUUUGAAGUGCCCACCUCCUCCGAAGAGGAAGAGAGUUGCUCCCAUUCCCAAGUGUAAUUAUCGUGGUGAUCAAGUUAGCAAGGUGUACUACUUUGAUCCUUCAGAGUUAGAAUCUCUGUUUAUUCGGAGGGAUAGCUAGUUCUUUUGUUUAGGCAUGGAAAUAUUUGGUUCUAUGUUUGUUGCUUUCGUUUCUUUUUCUUUAAUUUCUCUUGUUUUAUUAGGCUUCUUGUAGUGAGGUAGGUUUAGGUAGGACUAGAUGUUUAUGUACAGGCUCUUAUUAUUAAUAAAAAUUGGCUAUUUAGGUGAUUUA